AUGAGGUCUGUAGGCGUAUAUGAGGGAGAAUACUACAUGGUGUCGCAUGUCCAAGAUGUGGGCAAACGGUUGUGGAAGGCUUCUAAAAGCUCAGAGCGGUUGGAGACUACAUUCAAACGCCUUGCUCAUCGGAACGCCAUCAGACAGAUGGAGGGGAUGAAGCUAUAUAAGUGGGCUAGGAAAUAUUGGAUUGCGCAAAGGCAAGAGCGUAUCGUGAGUAAAAUGCGCAAGAAGGGCUACCGCGAAGUUACAACAAUGGCCGCAGCCUGUCAAGACUUGUUUACUCGAGACCCCGUGGUGGGAGCACCGCGUGAGCUCACAAAGAAAGUCAGUACGAAUUCCCCCGGAAAUGCCAGCCCGGCCUCCAUCUUCUCUUCUCUCCCUGAACCUGGAGAUGCCGUCCUCGACAUCACUGUUGCAAGUCAGCUCGGCCAGGGACGCGUCGGGACCGUUCACAUCGCUGACGUGCGGUCCUGCUCUGUACCUGUCGAUAUACCGCCCUUCGUCGUCAAAGUCGCGAACCGCGAUUUCUGUGACAACCUCUUCAAAAAGGCAUGGAUGUACAAGGCUGCUAUGGUCCUCGGCUGGGACCGUGUGGCCACGACAAAGCUUCCAACGUCGAUUCUGUUCCUGGAGCGCGUCGGGGGGUAUUCGCCUCUGGGGGAGCCUGUCCCACAGACCGUGCAGGACGAUUUAUGGAGCAUCACCAAGGAUUUCGGGGAGUUACACAUCUUUGCUAAAGACCUUCGGUAUGACAAUGUCUUGUUGGCUCCGGACUCACCUCCCGGCCUCCCGUCGCUGGUGUCGCCCUCCAGUCACCGGUCCUAUGGAUUGCGAGUCGUUGAUUUUGACCUUGAGUACAAAGUUAAUUUACCCCCGCAGUCGCUGGACUUCCAUCACAGGCAUCCCGUCCGGCUCAUUCUCGACAAGGUGCCCAGUGGUAAUGUUGUAAACCCCUUUGAUGAUUGA